GGAGCAUGGCGGGCGAGUUCUACAACUCGUGGCUGAAGAUCACCAAUUCCUACCAUCUCCCGACGCUACCGGGGUCCUAUCGGAGCUUUCUCAGGGAACAUGGCAGACAGAAGCCGGCAACCAUGGGCACAGUCUUGGUCGGAUGCGGUGCAGUGCCAUCCAGCCGCUCUGCUGCCCCGGCUGCAGCGACACCCUCGGCUUCACUGUUGUUGAUGCACCCGAGGAAAAGUCCUCUUUCCGCGGCCGCGACUUCUUCAAACUGUCCCGCAUCGAGCUGCGAUGCGACCAGGCGAACAAGACCAUUGCAGUCGAGCCACAGCUGGACGCAGCCCCGGCACCGUUGCCCGUUGAAGAUUCCGAUCAUUCGUCGCCCGUUCCAGUGAUCGUCCCACCAGCAGGAGACAUGGAGGUCGACUCGCGCCCACCACCCCCACCGUCGGGCCCACGCCACGACCAACCCUACGAUCACCACCAUCACCACCAGCCGCUGCAACAGGUGGAGGCCAAUCGCCAAUCGCUGCCUCCACCGUCACUUCGCUCUCCACCAGCGCCGCUGCCGUUGCAUGCACUUUCUCAGAAAUCCCCCAGCAAUCCUCCACUGCCCUCGCCGUCGCCAGCUGUCAAGCCGGUGCACGAACCCCAGUAUGCACAACCGCCGCUCAAGCAAGCCAACGCGGGACUGGCUAGUCGUCCCCGCGAGCUGCCUCCUAUGAUGUCGCAUUCGCAAUCACCUGGCGAGCAGCAUCGCACCAAUGGCCAGUCCUAUCCUCGAUCCCCUCAAGAGAUCCAGCUCAGUGCCAUUGAACGUCUGCAGACCCAGAUCUCCCAGAAUAGCAGUGCAUUGGUAGCCCAGUCCCGUGACAUGCGGCACUACGAAGAGGCCUUGCAGCAUCAGGAAGAGAGCUUGCGACGGGAACUCCAGACCCAGCUCCAUCACCAAAAUGUGGACAUCAGGCGCGUCGAGGAGGCCGUGGGAAGGCUGCAGCACGAGGUGCGAGGUAUCCGCGAGCUGCUAGAGGCUUUGACACGCGAAACCCACGCCACGAGAGAGAUGCAGGCUCGGGGUGUGAGCGUUGCACCUGGCCAACCUGUCAGCGCUCAGGACUCAGCCUUAGAACUCAUGGCACAGCAAGUCGCUGUCAUCUCGCAGAAGGCCAACGAAGUGGAUACCCUGAAGAUCACCAUCGAGAUCAUGAAGAACAAAAUCCAGCGGCUAGAGGAUGCCGCCGCCGCCGCCGUCCCAACUCCGCAACUGUCUGCACAUCCCUAUGCUUCGCCGCGGGAGCCAUCAGCCCAUUCGGCUCAGUCGUCUCACGGUGUUCCUUCCUACCACACGACCUCAUCAGUCGUCCCGCAUAUCAACACCCCAGUCCACCCAGCUCAUAAGCCGCAGUCUUUUCACUCUCAUGCCACUCAGUCCAUCGCAGCUACCCCAGAGGCAUCCCAGAGAACCGAGGCAGCUCAGACCCAGAGCGGUUGGGUCACAGUCAACGCGGGCACCAAACGCACCCAUCCCAAUGGCCUCGAUAGCCCACACGAUUCCGUCGGUCAACCAGUCGGCUCUCCAAAAAGACCAAAGCUAGCGCCCAUCGAGCCUCGUGUUGCAUAUCCCAGCUCUCAAGCGCACCCUCCACACGUCUAUGAUCACAUGGAUACAGACGACUCUGAUGGGAGAGCCCAGACGCACUCACACACUCUCCCGUCGCAAACACACCCUAGUGCGUCCAUUCCGGAGUCUACCCUGGCCUCACAAUAUUCCCAUACUGCUUUCGUUCCUUACGGCACACAGGAAGGUCCCUCUGAUGACAGCUGGCGGCCAGAGUCACAGCGCAUCGGCGAGGUUCGCACACGUGGUCGGGGUCGCGGUGGAGGCCCUGGCAGCCGAGGUGGACGCGGUCGGAAGAGCAUGCCAGCGCAAGUCCAUCACAUCAGCACUCCUGAAUGGGAGAGGGAUGACUGGCAGGGGGUUCCAGACUCGCAGAUCAGCCCGGAUGGAUAUUACAACCACGUGGCGCGCUCCGGCCGAGGAAUUAUUCGUCGUGGGAGCGGUGGCGGUGGCACUUCACGAGGAGAUCGGCCGUCGAGCUCAGGUGGCCGCGCCGUAAGUCUAGGUCUGCAGGGCGUGACUGCCGGCAUUGGCAUUGGAUUGCCUGCGGACCCUUACGCGCAUACGAAGAAGACGCGAACUAAGCCGAUAAGAAACGCUGACGGGGUCCUCAUCCGCAAGGAUGGCCGUCCAGAUAUGCGCUCGCAAUCCUCGGCCGCCAAUUUGCGCAAAGUUCAUGCGCGAAAGGAGGAGGAGAAGGGUCCAGGACGUGGCUUCACUCCUACGAACCCUCAGUAUGCUACGAGUGUCGGUCCAGAGACGCCGAGCCCCACGGGUCAUCUUCCCGCGGGACAAGAUAUCAUGGCGAGCGUGCAAAAAAGGCAUAGCGAUAUCAUGGGCAAGAUGUUCCCGGGUGGGCUAGACGAGGCAAGGAGGGAGCACGACUAUGCUCGUAAGGUGUUCGACGAAGACCAAGAUCACACAGCGCAUCCGCGAGCGCAACAUCAUCAUCAUCAUCAAACGGACGCGCAUGCCCGUCCGCUUGAGAUCAAGCGGGAGCAGAUCGAAGCUCGCCUGGCUGACACUCAAAGCCCGAAUAAUGUGGAAGUCGGCAUGGAUCGUCCUGAGGAUCAUGCAGACGAUGAAAGCCAGACACCAGGCAGUCAGAGCGAUAAUUCCGGCCAGGACAGCCAAUAUCAUGAUGCUUCGAACCAAGGGGAGCAGCAGGCGCUACAACGGCCCCCCGAGGCCGUUACGCAGGCUCCAAAGUCCACCGUCGAGAGCUCGCAGACACUUGCCGAAAGCUCUGCACAAGCAUCUUAGCCUUUCAAUUUUCGUUGGCAUUACCACCUCCUCGAAGCGUCUGUUGUCACGCCGAAGCAGGAUAACAAAGACCCGCUCGCGUAAUCGAUUUCCUUCAAGCGAGCAUUAGGAGUUUGGUAUUUUUGCAUAUCGAUAUUCCUAUUCUUGGGUGGAGUCCUCUCGGCGUUGGCGGUAUUCUGUAUUCCACGAUUCUGC